UCCGAAACCCCCGACCUCUUCGUUUUGUGGAUAACAGUUAAGCUCAUCACCUCCAAUCCAAUCUCUCGCCUUUCUCCUUCAUCACAAGCCUAAUCCCCAGCAAUGGCGACUCUCUCCUUCCCCUCCGCCCUCCUCUCCACCCCUUCCAACACCUCCGCCCACCCCAUCCCCAAACCCCGCUCCUCUCUCCCCCUCACCCCCACCACCAACACCAAACCCCUCUCCUCCUCCCUCGCCGCCGCCGGCGAUCCCUCCUCGUCCUUCCAGAUCUACUACGGCACCGCCGCGAGCGCCGCCAACUACGGCGGGUACGGCGGGAACGCGAGCAAGAAGGACUCGGCGGAGUACACGUACGAGGUCCCCGCGGGGUGGAAGGAGCGGCUCGUCUCCAAGGUCGAGAAGGGCACCAACGGCACCGACAGCGAGUUCUUCAACCCCAAGAAGCGCUCCGAGCGCGAGUACCUCACGUUCCUCUCUGGCCUCCGCGCCCUCGCCCCCGUCGACGACGUCCUCAACAACCUCGCCCUCUCCGACGUCGCCCUCCAGGACCAGAUCGCCGCCGCCGACGCCGUCCGAUCCCGCGAGCGCAGGGACGACGGCGGCCAACUCUACUACGACUACGAGAUCGAGGGCGCCGCCGCGCACAGCUUGAUCUCCGUCACCUGCGCCCGCAACAAGCUCUACGCCCACUUCGUCACCGCGCCCAACCCCGAGUGGACCCGCGACCAGGACACCCUCCGCCGCCUCCAUCACUCUUUCCGCACCGUCGCCGCCGACACCCCCGCCUCUUCCUCCUCCUCAUCGUCUUGAUUAGCUUUACCUUCGAUUUUCCUGAUCUGAUUGCGGUGUCGUGUGUGCAUAUGAGACGUUGAGAUCGUAACAUCAAAAUGAUGAUGGGUGAGAGGAGAUUGUAUAUUUGUACGUUGAGAGCACAACGGAAAAUUCAAGUUUACCGUGUCAA